UGGGUUUGGAGCUGUCGGGAGCGAGGCUGGUCAUGUGCUCGGGUGCCUGUGACGGGGUGGACCCUGAGCAGAUGACCAGGACUAGCUUUUAAUCCUCGGCGGCGAUUACGAGAGAGCCCCCGGACCCCCACCGCCAUGUCGGGAUCCACGCAGCCCGUGGCGCAGACGUGGAGGGCCACCGAGCCCCGCUACCCGCCACACGGCAUUUCCUACCCGGUGCAGAUCGCCCGGCCACACACGGACGUCGGGCUGCUCGAGUACCAGCACCACCCCCGCGACUACGCCUCCCACCUGUCACCCGGCUCCAUCAUCCAGCCCCAGAGGAGGAGGCCGUCCCUGCUGUCCGAGUUCCAGCCUGGGAACGAACGGUCCCAGGAGCUCCACCUGCGACCCGAGUCCCACGCGUACCUGCCUGAGCUGGGCAAGGCGGAGAUGGAGUUCAUCGAGAGCAAGCGACCCCGGCUGGAGCUGCUGCCGGACCCCCUGCUGCGGCCGUCCCCGCUGCUGGCCACGGGCCAGCCUGGCGGGUCCGAGGACCUCCCCAAGGACCGGAGCCUGACGGGCAAGCUGGAACCCGUGUCCCCGCCGAGCCCCCCGCACACGGACGCCGAGCUGGAGCUGGUGCCUCCGCGGCUGUCCAAGGAGGAGCUGAUCCAGAACAUGGACCGCGUGGACCGCGAGAUCACCAUGGUGGAGCAGCAGAUCUCCAAGCUGAAGAAGAAGCAGCAACAGCUGGAGGAGGAGGCCGCCAAGCCGCCCGAGCCCGAGAAGCCCGUGUCGCCGCCGCCCAUCGAGUCGAAGCACCGCAGCCUAGUGCAGAUCAUCUACGACGAGAACCGGAAGAAGGCGGAGGCCGCACACCGCAUUCUGGAGGGCCUGGGGCCCCAGGUGGAGCUGCCGUUGUACAACCAGCCCUCCGACACCCGGCAGUAUCAUGAGAACAUCAAAAUAAACCAGGCGAUGCGGAAGAAGCUGAUCUUGUACUUCAAGAGGAGGAACCACGCCCGCAAACAAUGGGAGCAGAAGUUCUGCCAGCGCUAUGACCAGCUCAUGGAGGCCUGGGAGAAGAAGGUGGAGCGCAUCGAGAACAACCCCCGGCGCCGGGCCAAGGAGAGCAAGGUGCGCGAGUACUACGAGAAGCAGUUCCCCGAGAUCCGCAAGCAGCGCGAGCUGCAGGAGCGCAUGCAGAGCAGGGUGGGGCAGCGGGGCAGCGGGCUCUCCAUGUCGGCCGCCCGCAGCGAGCACGAGGUGUCCGAGAUCAUCGACGGCCUCUCGGAGCAGGAGAACCUGGAGAAGCAGAUGCGCCAGCUGGCCGUGAUCCCGCCGAUGCUGUACGACGCAGACCAGCAGCGCAUCAAGUUCAUCAACAUGAACGGGCUCAUGGACGACCCUAUGAAGGUGUACAAGGACCGCCAGGUCAUGAACAUGUGGAGUGAGCAGGAGAAGGAGACCUUCCGGGAGAAGUUCAUGCAGCAUCCCAAGAACUUCGGCCUGAUCGCCUCUUUCCUGGAGAGGAAGACGGUGGCCGAGUGCGUGCUCUAUUACUACCUGACCAAGAAGAAUGAGAACUACAAGAGCCUGGUGAGGCGGAGCUAUCGGCGCCGCGGCAAGAGCCAGCAGCAGCAACAGCAGCAGCAGCAGCAGCAGCAGCAGCAGAUGCCCCGGAGCAGCCAGGAGGAGAAAGAUGAGAAGGAGAAGGAGGGGGAGAAGGAGGACGAGAAGCCAGAGGUGGAGAACGACAAGGAGGAACUGAUCAAGGAGAAGACAGACGACACCUCGGGGGAGGACAACGACGAGAAGGAGGCAGUGGCCUCCAAAGGCCGCAAAACCGCCAACAGCCAGGGCCGGCGCAAAGGCCGCAUCACCCGCUCCAUGGCCAACGAGGCCAACAGCGAGGAGGCCGUCACCCCUCAGCAGAGCGCCGAGCUGGCCUCGAUGGAGAUGAACGAGAGCUCCCGCUGGACCGAAGAAGAAAUGGAAACAGCCAAGAAAGGCCUCCUGGAGCACGGCCGGAACUGGUCGGCCAUCGCCCGGAUGGUGGGCUCCAAGACGGUGUCGCAGUGUAAGAACUUCUACUUCAACUACAAGAAGAGGCAGAACCUGGACGAGAUCCUGCAGCAGCACAAGCUGAGGAUGGAGAAGGAGAGGAACGCGCGGAGGAAGAAGAAGAAAGCGCCCGCGGCGGCCAGCGAGGAGGCGGCCUUCCCGCCCGUGGUGGAGGACGAGGAGAUGGAGGCGUCGGGCGCCAGCGGGAACGAGGAGGAGAUGGCGGAGGAGGCGGAAGCCUUGCACGCCUCUGGGAGUGAGGUGCCCAGAGGGGAAAGCAGUGGCCCAGCCACCGUCAACAACAGCUCCGACACGGAGAGCGUCCCCUCCCCGCGUGCUGAGGCCGCCAAGGACACGGGGCAGAACGGGCCCAAGCCCCUGCCCGCCCCAGAAGCCGACGGGCCGCCCCCUGAGCCGCCCACCCCUCCGCCGGAGGACGCCCUGGCCCCCACCGAGCCCGCCCAGGCCCCCGAAGCCGCCGGCCCGCCCACGCCCCCUCCAGCACCCGCGUCACCUUCCACACCCCCUCCCGUGGUCCCCAAGGAGGAAAAGGAGGAAGAGGCCGCUGCAGCACCCGCGGCGGAGGAAGGGGACGAGCAGAAGCCCCCUGCGGCCGAGGAGCUGGCGACAGAGGCGGUGAAGGCGGAGGAGCCCGGGGCGGCGCCGCCUGAGGAGCCCGUGAAGAGAGAGUGCAAGGAGGAGCCCGAGGCCGGCCCGGACAAGGGCAGGGGUGGGGAGGCUGCCGCGGAGGCCGCGCCCGAGGGGCCGCUCAAGGCGGAGAAGAAGGAGGGCGGCAGGGCCACCGCGGCCAAGGGCUCGGGCGCCCCCCAGGACAGCGACUCGAGCGCCACCUGCAGCGCCGACGAGGUGGACGAGCCCGAGGGCGCCGACAAGAACAGGCUGCUGUCCCCGCGGCCCAGCCUCCUCACCCCGGCCGGCGACCCCAGGGCCAACACCUCCCCCCAGAAGCCGCUGGACCUGAAGCAGCUGAAACAGCGGGCGGCUGCCAUCCCCCCCAUCCAGGUCACCAAAAUCCACGAGCCCCCCCGGGAGGAGGCGGCUCCCCCUAAGCCGGCCCUGCCUGCCCCACAGCCGCCACAGCACCUGCAGCCGGAGGGCGACGCCCCCCAGCAGCCCGGCAGCAGCCCCCGAGGCAAGAGCAGGAGCCCCGCACCACCCCCCGAGAAGGAGGCAGAGAAGCCCGCGUUCUUCCCGGCCUUCGCCGCCGACGCCCAGAAGCUGCCCGGGGAGCCCCCGUGCUGGACCUCAGGCCUGCCCUUCCCCCUGCCCACCCGCGAGGUGAUCAAGGCCUCCCCGCAUGCCCCGGACCCCUCGGCCUUCUCCUAUGCGCCACCCGGUCACCCGCUGCCCCUGGGCCUCCACGACAGUGCCCGGCCUGUCCUGCCGCGCCCUCCCACCAUCUCCAACCCGCCUCCCCUCAUCUCCUCUGCCAAGCACCCCAGCGUCCUCGAGAGGCACAUGGGCGCCAUCUCCCAGGGAAUGUCCGUCCAGCUGCACGUCCCGUACUCGGAGCACGCCAAGGCCCCCGUGGGCCCCAUCACCAUGGGGCUGCCCCUGGCCAUGGACCCCAAGAAGCUGGCACCCUUCAGUGGAGUGAAGCAGGAGCAGCUGUCCCCACGGGGCCAGGCUGGGCCACCGGAGAGCCUGGGGGUACCCACGGCCCAGGAGACGUCCGUGCUGAGAGGGACAGCUCUGGGCUCGGUUCCCGGCGGCAGCAUCACCAAAGGCACCCCCAGCACACGGGUGCCCCCAGACAGCCCCAUCACCUACCGCGGCUCCAUCACCCACGGCACUCCGGCCGACGUCCUGUACAAGGGCACCAUCACCCGGAUCAUCGGCGAGGACAGCCCCAGUCGCCUGGAGCGUGGCCGGGAGGACGGCCUGCCCAAGGGCCACGUCAUCUACGAGGGCAAGAAAGGCCACGUCUUGUCCUAUGAGGGUGGCAUGUCUGUGUCCCAGUGCUCCAAGGAGGACGGCAGGAGCAGCUCGGGGCCUCCCCACGAGACAGCGGCGCCCAAGCGCACCUACGACAUGAUGGAGGGCCGCGUCGGCAGGGCCAUCUCCUCCGCUGGCAUCGAAGGUCUCAUGGGCCGCGCCAUCCCGCCCGAGCGACACAGCCCCCACCAUCUCAAGGAGCAGCACCACCUCCGCGGGUCCAUCACGCAAGGGAUCCCACGGUCCUACGUGGAGGCGCAGGAGGACUACCUGCGUCGUGAGGCCAAGCUCCUGAAGCGGGAGGGCACGCCCCCGCCCCCGCCGCCCCCGCGGGACCUGGCCGAGGCCUACAAGACGCGGCCGCUGGAGGCCCUGGGCCCGCUGAAGCUGAAGCCGGCCCACGAGGGCCUGGUGGCCACGGUGAAGGAGGCCGGCCGCUCCAUCCAUGAGAUCCCGCGCGAGGAGCUGCGGCGUACGCCCGAGCUGCCCCUGGCCCCACGGCCGCUCAAGGAGGGCUCCAUCACCCAGGGCACCCCGCUCAAGUAUGACGCCGGCGCGUCCUCCGCUGGCUCCAAAAAGCACGACGUGCGCUCCAUCAUCGGCAGCCCCGGCCGGACCUUCCCGGCCGUGCACCCGCUGGACGUGCUGGCCGACGCCCGGGCGCUGGAGCGCGCCUGCUACGAAGAGACCCUGAAGAGCCGGCCGGGCACCGCCAGUGCCUCGGGGGGCUCCAUCGCGCGCGGGGCCCCGGUCAUCGUGCCUGAGCUGGGCAAGCCGCGGCAGAGCCCCCUGGCCUACGAGGACCACGGGGCGCCCUUCACCGGCCACCUUCCACGCGGCUCGCCCGUGACCACGCGGGAGCCCACGCCACGCCUGCAGGAGGGCAGCCUCUCGUCCAGCAAGGCGUCCCAGGAUCGGAAGCUGACGUCGACGCCCCGGGAGGUCGCCAAGUCCCCGCACAGCACCGUGCCCGAGCACCACCCGCACCCCAUCUCGCCCUACGAGCACCUGCUCCGGGGCGUGAGUGGCGUGGACCUGUACCGCGGCCACAUCCCGCUGGCCUUCGACCCCACCUCCAUUCCCCGUGGGAUCCCCUUGGAUGCAGCUGCUGCCUAUUACCUGCCCCGGCACCUGGCGCCCAACCCCACCUACCCGCACCUGUACCCGCCUUACCUCAUCCGCGGCUACCCCGACACGGCGGCCCUGGAGAACCGCCAGACCAUCAUCAACGACUACAUCACCUCGCAGCAGAUGCACCACAGCGCGGCCACCGCCAUGGCCCAGCGAGCCGACGUGCUGAGGGGCCUGUCGCCCCGCGAGUCCUCGCUGGCGCUUGGCUACGCCGCCGGCCCUCGAGGCAUCAUCGACCUGUCCCAAGUGCCACACCUGCCCGUGCUGGUGCCGCCGACGCCAGGCACCCCGGCCACCGCCAUGGACCGCCUCGCCUACCUCCCCACCGCGCCCCAGCCCUUCAGCAGCCGCCCCAGCAGCUCCCCGCUCUCCCCAGGCGGCCCCACGCACUUGACAAAACCGACCACCACGUCCUCGUCGGAGCGGGAGCGUGAGCGGGAGAAGUCCAUCCUCACGUCCACCGCGACGGUGGAGCACGCGCCCAUCUGGAGACCCGGUACAGAGCAGAGCAGCGGCGGCGGGGCUGGGGGCAGCAGCCGCCCCGCCUCCCACUCCCACGCCCACCAGCACUCGCCCAUCUCCCCCCGGACCCAGGACGCCCUCCAGCAGAGGCCCAGCGUGCUGCACAACGCGGGCGUGAAGGGCAUCAUCACCUCUGUGGAGCCCUCCUCCCCCAGGUCCACCUCCACCUCCUCACCCGUUCGCCCGGCCGCCACAUUCCCACCCGCCACCCACUGCCCGCUGGGCAGCACCCUGGACGGGGUCUACCCUACGCUCAUGGAGCCCGUCUUGCUGCCCAAGGAGGCCCCCCGGGUCGCCCGGCCCGAGCGGCCCCGUGCGGACACCAGCCACGCCUUCCUCGCCAAGCCCCCGGCCCGCUCCGGGCUGGAGCCCGCCUCCUCCCCCAGCAAGGGCUCCGAGCCCCGGCCCCUCGCGCCCCCCGGCUCCAGCCACACAGCCAUCGCCCGCGCCCCGGCGAAGAGCCUCGCACCCCGCCACGCCAGCCCGGACCAGCCAGCGCCGCCCGCCUCGGCCUCCGAUCCGCACCGGGAAAAGACUCAAAGUAAACCCUUUUCCAUCCAGGAGUUGGAACUCCGUUCUCUGGGUUACCAUGGCAGCAGCUACAGCCCCGACGGGGUGGAGCCCAUCAGCCCUGUGAGCUCGCCCAGCCUCACCCACGACAAGGGGCUCCCCAAGCACCUCGAGGAGCUCGACAAGAGCCACGCGGAGGCGGAGCUGCGGCCCAAGCAGCCAGGCCCCGUGAAGCUGGGCGGUGAGGCCACACACCUCCCAAACCUGCGGACGCUGCCCGAGAGCCAGCCCUCGUCCAGCCCGCUGCUGCAGACUGCCCCGGGGGUCAAAGGUCACCAGCGGGUGGUCACCCUGGCACAGCACAUCAGUGAGGUCAUCACGCAAGACUACACACGGCACCACCCGCAGCAGCUGCCCGCGCCCCUCCCCGCCCCCCUCUACUCCUUCCCCGGGGCCAGCUGCCCCGUCCUGGACCUCCGCCGCCCGCCCAGCGAGCUCUACCUCCCACCCCCAGCCCGCGGCUCCCCCCACAGCGAAGGGGGCAAGAGGUCUCCAGAGCCAAGCAAGACGUCGGUCCUGGCUGGGGGCGAGGACGGUAUUGAACCCGUGUCCCCGCCGGAGGGCAUGACAGAGCCCGGCCACCCCCGGAGUGCCGUGUACCCGCUGCUGUACCGGGACGGGGAGCAGACAGAGCCCAGCAGGAUGGGCUCCAAGUCUCCUGGCAACACCGGCCAGCCGCCAGCCUUUUUCAGUAAGCUGACAGAGAGCAACUCGGCUAUGGUCAAGUCCAAGAAGCAGGAGAUCAACAAGAAGCUGAACACCCACAACCGGAACGAGCCGGAAUACAAUAUCGGCCAGCCUGGAACCGAGAUCUUCAACAUGCCGGCCAUCACCGGAGCAGGCCUCAUGACCUGUAGGAGCCAGGCGGUGCAGGAGCAUGCCAGCACCAACAUGGGGCUGGAGGCCAUUAUUAGAAAGGCACUCAUGGGUAAAUAUGACCAUUGGGAAGAGCCCCCGCCGCUCAGCGCCAAUGCUUUUAACCCUCUGAAUGCCAGUGCCAGCCUGCCCGCUGCUAUGCCCAUAACCGCUGCUGACGGACGGAGCGACCACGCGCUCACCUCGCCAGGUGGCGGCGGGAAGACCAAGGUCUCUGGCAGACCCAGCAGCCGAAAAGCCAAGUCCCCGGCCCCGGGCCUGGCGUCCGGGGACCGACCGCCCUCCGUCUCCUCCGUGCACUCGGAGGGAGACUGCAACCGCCGGACGCCGCUCACCACCCGCGUGUGGGAGGACCGGCCCUCGUCCGCAGGUUCCACACCAUUCCCCUACAACCCCCUGAUCAUGCGGCUGCAGGCGGGCGUCAUGGCCUCGCCGCCCCCACCGGGCCUCGCCGCGGGCAGCGGCGCCCUUGCCGGCCCCCACCACGCCUGGGACGAGGAGCCCAAGCCCCUGCUCUGCUCACAGUAUGAGACGCUCUCCGACAGCGAGUGACUCAGAACGGGGUGGGGGGUGGCGCCAGGCCCCAGCGAGUGGCAGGAGCAGCCCGGGGAGGAGUGGGGCGGCCGCCAGCUCCCCCCGCCGAGGAAGGAGCCCCUGAGUCUGCCUGCGCAUCCGUCCGUCCGUCCGUCCAGAGCCGGCAUCCUUGCCUGUCUAAAGCCUUAACUAAGACUCCCGCCCCGGGCUGGCCCUGUGCAGUGACCUUACUCAGGGGAUGUUUACCUGGUGCUGGGGACGGGAGGGGAGGGGGCCGGGGCCGGGGGCGCAGCAGGCGUGUGGCAGCCACACGUGGGUGGCCGGGGCGGCCAGGGACCCAAAGCAGGACGACACGCACCUCCAUGCCACCGCCUCCCCCUUAAUGCAUUUGGAACCAAAGUCUAAACUGAGCUCGCAGCCCCCGCGCCCUCCCUCCGCCUCCUGUCCCGCUUAGCGCUCUGGACAGACGGACACAGGUCCUGUCCAGCCCCCAGCGCGCUUGCUCCAGUCCCCAUGGGCUGCCCCAGCCACCGAGAUUGCUGGAAGCCGAGUCGGGCCAGGUGGGCGGACUGCAGGGCCGGGUGCGGCCUGGGGCGAGUGGACGCUUCGAGGAACCGGCCUGUCGUUUUCGCACAGCGUGGCGCGGCGGCGGGAAGGAAAGGCAGAUGUAAAUGAUGUAUUGGUUUACAGGGUAUAUUUUUGAUACCUUCAAUGAAUUAAUUCAGAUGUUUUACGCGAGGAAGGACUUACCCAGUGUUAUUGCUGCUGUGCUCGGCCUCCGCUAGCGGUCGAGGCGUGUGCAGGCUGCCAGUUGGCGACCCCAUCGUUCGCAGGACCAAGGGGCGGGGGCCGCCGGCUCGAGAGCCCCUCCGCGUCCUCCCUCCCUCCCUCCCUUGGGCAGAAUGAAUUUGACGCGUAUUCUGUGGCCGCCAUCUGCGCAAGGCUGUGGUGUUCUGUCAUUUACACACGUCGUUCUAAUUAAAAAGCGAAUUAUACUC